AUGCCGGCAAAAGCGCACCAAAUCCGGGACGACAUAUGGAACCAACACAAAGAAGAGACCAUUGAUUUCUAUUUGGUGCCAAACUCACUGGACCGAACAAUGGAGUAUAUGGCAGAGAAAUAUGGCUUUCGGGCUAGUGAAAACCAAUACACCAGAAAGCUGGAGUCGUGGGGCAUAAGAAAGUAUGUCCCUGGAAGCAGUUGGGUCAGUGUUGCCUCCGUGAAACGAAAGCGAACCCAAGAGGGCAAAGAUAGCGAUUUUGCUUUCUACGGCCGCAAGUACACACGACAAAAAGUCGACAAAGAAAUCGCACGGCACGUUUCCUCCAGGACAGAGUUGACCAGCUCUGGGAAUGCUGUACUUCCAGAUUACAUCACUAUCUCUACGCCUCAGACAGAGUCAACUGGUAUAUCUCGCGAAUUCCUCUUCGUGACCUUCCUUUGCACCGAUACACACAGGAUAUACAAACCCUUAUUUCGAGUGGACUCGCCACAGAAGCGCUUUCUUCUCAAUCCAACAGCAAUUUGCCCCAACUGCGUAUUCAACACAGACUAUGACUGGAUUAUGGACAAAUGGGGUGCUGAUAUCCUCGUUUUUCUCUGUCGCCUGGAGUCCCCCUCGAUGAAAAUCUUCGCGAGAAAGGUCCUCCUCAGUGCUGUUGAGUCCGAAAACCUACACCUUGCUAGCGAGUUAACUCGGCACGGGGCUCAGUCGCAAGGUCACAUAGAGGUGGCCGAACGUCUUAUCGAAUCUGGAGCAGAUGUCAACGUUCCCACUGUCCAUCUUAUCCAGCAUUAUCGUUGGCCUAACUCUAGGACCCUUGGGGCAAAGGUCGACGCCCCAGCAACUGAGAUGGGCACAACCGCUCUUUUGGCAGCCACAAAAUAUAAAUCCCUGCCACUUUUCAAGAUACUCGUGCAAAAUGGCGCGAAUGUCAAUCCAACGGGGGAUUGUGAGCUCAAUUCUCCUCUUAGAGAGGCUGCUAUGCAGAACUGGUUUAAGGGAGUCAAGUUCCUCUUGGUCCACGGAGCAGAGGUUAACGACACUCCUUUUGAGAAAGCUGCAUCUGAUGAAUAUACGGAUACUGUUAAUAAGCUGCAGAGCCCUCUGGGCUGGGCUAUCUGGAACGAUGCUGAGGAGAUGGUGAAUUCAUUGUUGCGACAUGGUGCAGAUGUUCUUGCAACAGCCCCAUUCGAUAGGAUUGACUCUGGAGGUGCCCUGAUAUAUGCAUUACGCCAAGAUUUAAGUCUCAGCCUCAUUGAUCGGCUUUUUGAAGAAGUUCAGGAAUUGGAAAAACACACUGGGUGGGAAAAUGCGCUAGAGACUGUCCUCGAAGACUUCAUAGGUUGGAAUUUUGACCUUUUUGAGCUGAUGCUUAGAAGAAAUAAGCUCAAUGCCACGGCCUCUUCGUCACAAGGUAAUCCAAAAGGGAUGGGACGCAUUACCUCCAUUUGA